UUGAUCAGGGGUAUUGCGAUGUAUUUUUGAAGUGUAGAGCCGUUGACGCGGAAGGACCAUUAGCCAGAUUGAAAAAUCUUUUAUUCAAUAAGGAUACAUUGCGUACAGUAGCACAAUGGAUAACCGAAUUCUGGUGGGCGGCAGUGUUAAUGGGAAUAGCUUUCAUUAUUUUCAUGGGCUUGUUCAUCAAGUGUUGCGCUGUUCACACUCCAUCGAGUAAUCCUAAGAAACCACCGGCCAGACGUAUUAGCGACACUCUAAGAAGACCGAUGAAUACUCUGAGAAGAAUGCGACAUCCACACGGAGGUGGAGCAGGUCCCAGAAGUAUACCUCCUAGACAAGGUCAAGGAGGGCACGGUACUAGGGGACCCUCUCACGGUUAUGGAGAGGGUAGAGGUGCUCAGUAUUAUCCGAAAGCUAGUGCGCCACCCAGUAGCAGCGCAGCACCCAACUACGCCCGGUCCAACCAUCCCGAACUGUACGCCGGCGCCUAUUCGGGCUCCGGGGGAGGGGGGAGGGCCUCAGCCUACGAGAUGAGGCAUCACAACAAGGUGUGACGAUCCUAGAGAACUGCAACCAAGAACAAGGGACGGUCUCGACGUUGCACCGUAAAUUGUUCUCUUGUUUAAUGCCAAACUGUGAAAACGAGCCGAUCCACCCGACACACUAUAUAUACAUCUCCUCUCAAGAUCAAGAUCGAUGAAAUCAAUGGAAGGGAUAUCCACUACGACGUAAUCGAAUGAAAUUUGAAAGUAUCGAAGAUCGCCGAUCUACGUUCUCAUUUCAAGUAAACUCGCGCAAAGGGACUACUGGUUCGGAAUUGUAUAAAUUGGUGAAGUGUAUUAUAUAUAUAUGAUCAAUGGUGAUAUAUCGAGACUUCUCGUUUGACGUUGUAUUUUUUUUUUUUUUUUCCUUGUCGGCAAAGCUGAUUUUUUAUCGGCAAAAGUAUAUACGAGGACAUCGACGUUGCGGGGAAAAAACGAAACGAAUGAACAGCGUUGUGAACGUGAUAGAUCGUAAAACUCAAAAAAAAUCGUUAAAAGACUAAAAAUAAUUAUUGUACGAUUUUAUGUAAAGUCUCGUCUUUUUAAAUGUUUCCUGCAAAUUCCUUCGUGUUGCCAAUAAGUAUUUUUCACGAUCAAAAUUGCGAAGCUUUUUUAAAACAAAUCUCUUCUUAAUGCCCACGAAAUUCUUCGAUGUAAACGUCAACCAAAUCGAAUCAAACCGAAUUAUGGAGAUUUAUUUCUUGUGGACAACGCUGGAUUGCGGUAAUAUAUUGAACGCGACGUAUUUUUGUCGUUCGAUAUUAAGAACAUUUAUAUGGCCAAGGUUGCAUAGUAGUGUUUACGCCUCGAUUUCUCGUGAUGAAAUCGAAUUGCGUGUUUUUCGCUUCGGAAAGCGCAUACUUUUAUACUUGGAGACUGUUGGUUAGAAGAGAAAGGGAAGUUCAAAGGGAGGACGGAGACGACAAUAUAUAUUUGGAAUAAGUGUUAGAAUGAUAAUCGUAAUUUUUGAAAAGCUCCCAUUGAACGUACCUUGUGCCUUUUAACUCAUAUACGCAAUUGUUAUGUACGUUAUUCUAU